AUGCCUGAGAUGCCCAAGCUGGAGACUCUUCAGCUCCCCAAGUUCAUUGAGUCCCUUGAAGGCAUGCCGGAGGUGCUACCCCACCUUUCAUGGUUGGGCCUGAGUAGAUGCAGCCAACUGGCCUCGCUCAAGGGAAUGUCGGAGAUUUCAAAGUUGGAGACACUUCAGCUCCCGCCCUCUAUCGAGUCCCUUGAAGACUUGCCAAAGAAGGUGCUCAUACUUAAAACGCUCAACCUGAGUGGGUGCAUUCGACUGAGAUCGUUCGAGGAAAUAUCGAUGAUGCCGCAGUUGCAGACUCUCCAACUCCCCAAUUCUACAGCGUCCCUUGAAGACAUGCCGAAGCCGUUUCCUUUGCUUACACAGCUCGACCUGAGCGUAUGCAGCCAACUAAAAUCAUUAAAUGGAAUGCCUGAGAUGCCAAAUUUGGAGACUCUUCAGCUCCCACCGUGUAUCGAGUCCCUGGAGAGCAUGCCGAAAGAGCUGCCUGUGCUUACAAAGCUCAGUCUGGGUGGAUGCAGCGAACUGAAAUCGCUCAAGGGAAUGCCUGAGAUGCCAAAGCUGCAGACUCUUCGACUCCCCAAGUCCAUCAAAUCCCUUGAAGGCAUGCCCAAGGAAUUGCCUUCUCUUACGGCGCUCAACCUGAGUGGGUGCAUUCGACUGAAGUCGCUCAAGGGAACGCCCGAGAUGCCCAAGUUAGUGGUAUUUCGGCUCCCAAAGUCCAUAGAGUCCCUUGAAGGCAUGCCCAAGGAGUUACCUCUGCUUACGAUGCUUGACCUGACUGAACAGAGUCUACUGACGUCGCUCAAGGGAAUGUCUCAGAUGCCAAAGCUGAAGACCACUCGACGGCUCAGGGUUAUCGACUCCCUGGAAGGCUUGCCGAAGGAGCUUCCCUUGGUCAUAUGGGUCAACCUGAACUCAUCCAUUCGACUGACUUCGCUCCAUGGACUGUCAACGGUGCCAAUGCUGCUCGAACUUGACAUUUCAGCCGACGUCGAGACCUUCGUAGAUAUCCCCGAGGAGUUUCCAUCUCUCACCAAGCUCACGAUCUCCUCGCACAUGCCUCACAACCUCUUGACCCAACUCCCAAGGAUGCCAAAGCUUGAUCAUCUCGUUCUCUCAAGUCAAUUUGUGAGCCUGGCCGAUCUGCGUGUGAAUCAAUGCUCCCUCACAAUUCUUGACUUGUAUGGUUGCUGCGAAUUGAAGUCGCUGGAUGACAUUCCCCCGUAUCCCAAGCUCGAGAUUCUUUACGCCCCUCGAUCGAUUCACAGAAUCAGCGGACUGGUCGACAAGCUUCCCUCUCUCAAGACACUGCACUUGGAUUCAAGUAUGAGGCCAUCUAAUCGUUCUUUAUUGGAUGGCAUAUUUGGCCGAGAUGCUGGCUAUUUCAGACUU